AUGGGCUCGCUCUCGACCUGGCAGGAACGCGCGCAAAAGAAGCGAGAAUCCACCCUCGCCGCCAUCCCGCCGGAAUGGCGACUUGCGUCCCCUCUCCCCUCGCCUGCCGAACAAAAGGACGUUACGGGCGCUUAUGUGCAGCAGUUUCUGUCUCCUCGAGAAAUCGAGAUCACUGAGAGCGACGCGGUGCGGAUCACAGAACAUACCACCACGGGGAAGUGGACGGCCGUCGAGGUUGUCACGGCCUUUUGCCAUCGAGCGGCGUUGGCGCAUCAGUUGACCAACUGCCUGCACGAGAUCUUCUUCGACCUAGCCAUCGAGCAAGCCAAAGAACUCGAUGCUGCCUUCGCUGCCGCCAACGGUCCCACGGGCCCGCUGCACGGCCUCCCCGUCAGUUUCAAGGACCAAUUCCACGUCAAGGGCGUCGAGACGACCAUGGGCUACGUCGGGUGGAUCGACACCUUCGAAGGCGUCACGGGCACGGGCAAGGAGAGGAACACCGACAGCGAACUGGUCCGCGAGGCCAAAGCCCUAGGCGCCGUGCCCUUUUGCAAGACCAGUCUCCCACACACCGUCAUGAGCGGGUUGACGUGGAACAACAUCGUCGGGUUCACCUUGAACCCACACAAUCGUCUCAUGAGCUGUGGUGGUAGCUCGGGUGGCGAGGGGGCUCUGGUCGGUAUGCGCGGAAGCCCGAUCGGGUUCGGGACAGAUAUUGGGGGCAGUAUCAGAAUCCCCUCUGCCUUCAAUGGUCUCUACGGCAUCAGACCAUCCUUUGGUCGCCUGCCAUACGCGGGCGCCGCGAACAGCAUGCCGGGCCAGAACACCAUCCCUUCCGUCUGCGGCCCGAUCUCCUCUUCCGCGGGGUCAUUGAAGUUGAUGCUCCGAUCGAUCAUGAGCCAACAACCCUGGCUGCACGAUCCGGCCGUGGUGGAGAUGCCCUGGAGGGAUGAGCUGUGCGCGCCGCUCCCCGCGGACGGGAGCAAACUCACGUUUGGGCUGCUGCCCAGCGACGGCAUCGUGAAUCCCCAGCCUGGCGUGCGCAGGGCCUUUGAGACUGUCAAAGCGCUCAUUCUCGAAAUGGGCCACGACGUCGUGGACUGGAACCCGCCGUCGCACAAGAAGGGCGUCGAACUUGCCUUCGAAGCCUUCACCGCCGACGCCGGCCUCGACAUAUGGCACCACAUCGGACUCUCGGGCGAACCGCUCCAGGACCGCGUCCGCGAGUUUUACGGCGAAAAGGCCGGGACGCCCAAGACGGUCGACAAGGUCUGGGACCUGAACCUGCGGGUCCGCGAGUACCAGAAGGAAUACAUGGACUACUGGAACAGCACCGCGGCGUCGACACAGUCGGGUAGACCGGUGGACGCGAUUUUGACGCCCGUUGCGCCGUUCGCGGCGCUCCAGUUUGAAAAGGCCAUGCCGAUCGGCUAUACGCCCUGGGUAAACACCCUCGACUACACAUCCGUCGUCUUCCCCGUCACCAAAGUCGACAAGACGAUCGACACGUUCGACAAGGACUAUAAGCCCAUGAAUGACCUGGACAAGACAGUCUGGGAACAAUACGACCCAGAAGUCCAGCAGGGCACACCGGUAGGCUUGCAAUUGGUGGGUCGCAGACUGCAGGAAGAGAAGAUCCUCGGGUUGGUGGAGCUGAUUUCCACAGCAUUGGCUGUCAAGCAAAAGAGCUCAUGA